AUUUGGCAGAGGGGACAUGUGUGUGAGUACGUCUGUGUAAGGUAGUGUGUGCUUGAGCAGGAGAGAGCAACAGGGAGCGCAGAAAAGCUUUGAGAACUUGUUCACACACAGCACUUGUCCAGAGUCAGUUGUAGAAAAAGGGAGAGAGAGAGAGAGAGAAGAGAGAGAGAGAGAGAGACAGGGCUGUGCUGCAACAACUCAGAGAGAGAAAGAGACAGACAGGGCUGUGAUGCAACAACUCAGAGUGAGAGAGAGAGAGAGAGAGAGAGAGAGAGAGAGAGAGAGAGAGAGAGAGAGAGAGAGAGAGAGAGAGAGAGAGAGAGAGAGAGAGAGAGAGAGAGAGAGAGACAGGGCUGUGCUGCAACAACUCAGAGAGAGAAAGAGACAGACAGGGCUGUGCUGCAACAACACAGAGAGAGAGAGACUUUUCUCUUGACCUCUUUUCUCUCCGCAUCUUUCUCUCCCACGCUCCCGAGGAGAGGGCAGACUCUUCAGCUACCUGGGACCCUCCACUACUCCCCAGCUGCAGGGAGGUCAUAGAUGGAUUGUGAUGACCUCAUAGGGGAGGCGCUGGACUCUACAGGUCUGUGCACCCGCUGCCGAUGAGCCCUGUGAAGAUCUGAAACCACAUAGUAGCCCCAGCCUGAGCCCCAAUAUGGACAACGAGAUCACCGCCAAGGAGAGAGGAGUACUGGAGGAGAAUAACGAAAAGGAGACGAUGGACAGAUAUCAGGAGGAGGAGGAGGAGGAGGAGAAGGGUAGGAGGGAGCAGCUGGAGCCUCUGUCUGAGGAGCAGGAGCUGGAGGAGUUGAGGAGUCAGGUGCUGCAGCUCCUCCUGGAGUUAGAAGGGGCCCGGGAGAUAUCCAACAAACACCAGGAGGCUUUCCACGAGCUGCAGGGUCUAUUGGAGGAUGAGCGUUUGACCAGCGCUCAUCAGGCAGAAGCCUUCGCACGACAGGUCCACAACCUGCAAGCCCAGCUGCGUUUGGUACAGGAGGAGAUUGAGUCUCUGGAGGAGGAGAAAAAGAGUGAACUGAUUGAGGCCCACGAGGAGCUACGCCUGGCCCAGGAGGAGGUGCUACUGCUGCAGCAGGCGGCGGAGGAGUCGGCGGCUGAGAGGGAGAACGACAUCGCCUCCCUACAGGAGGAGCUUUGCCGCCAUCAGGCCGAGCUGGGGAGGCUCAACGAGGAGGCACAGGAGUACGAGCUGGAGAUCACCACGCUCCGUGCCGAGAUCAGCAUGAAGAGUCAGAGGAGAGAGGAGGAGAGGAGAGGAGGAGACGUAGAAACACUGAAGCAGGAGUGUGUCACGUUGAGGGAGGAGUGUGAGACAUUGAAGAAUGACAACAGACGUCUGACUGAGAGACUACAGCUGCAGAGGACAAGUUCCAACAGCCACCUGUCCCUAAAGGAGGAUGAAGAGGACACCGGGAUCGGAGUGGGCACAGAGAUGAGGGGCAUGGCUGAGAGCUACAUGACCAUGGCAGACUGCCAGUCAACGGGCACAGGCACCAACUGCCGCCUGAAGGACGUGUCCAUUCAGAAGAACAUCUCGUUCGAUGGGAAGCCCAUGACCCCCACCGGCUGGAAUGGAGGAUUUGGGGAGAUCUUCUCACUAAGGGACCAGCUGAAACAAGCUGAGGAGAAGGCCUCACUGGUACAGAGACAGUGUGACGGUUUGAAGACAGAGCUGAGGGAGCUACAGGUGCUAUAUGACUGCAGCCAGAGGGAGAGGGCGGGGAUGGAGGAGGAGCUACUGCGCUGCAAGGCAGAGUUGGAGAGGCUGGCUGGAGGGGGGCAGAGCUACAUCCAUUCGUCUGAGUCUCCUGUUCUCUCCGUCCCCUUCAUAGGAAUAAUUGUAAUAUUGGGAGUGGUUUGGUGCUGGUUGUCCGAGCUGGCGUCACAGAAAGCAAGGGGUGUGAUAUAGAACGGAACCCUAUUCUGACUGUCACCGCGGCAACAGCUGUGCUUCUGAUUCGUGGCUUGCUUGUUGAGAGGCCCGAUGUUGAGCAGGUCAGAACAGUGACAAGUUACACCGACAAAAGACGGUAAUGUCUUCUUAUAGACAACUACCCUCCAUCCCCACCCCCUUAUCACAUCGAUCUGGGACGAACAACAGAUCACACGCCAUUUCUCUAAUUCAUCGAUUGGAAGAGGAAAUUCAGAUGACAACUGUUCAGAAAACAGGAGCAUGUUGAAAAUGGAGAACUUCAGAAAACAGGAGAUAAGUGUGCUCAUAGUUCUGAUGGAAAAGAUGGACUCCUGUUCUGGGGGACACAGGUCUUCAUGAAGCUGAGAACAUAGGGUGGAUACUUACAUUUAAUUGGAUAGUACCUUUCCCGCAUAAAUCUAGCUGGUUCUGCCCCUGUGACAUCUCAUUGUGUCUCUGUCUCUCUGUCUGUCUCACGGGUCUUUAUUAUAGGGUGGCAGGGUAGCCUAGUGGUUAGAGCGUUGGACUAGUAACCGAAAGGUUGCAAGUUCAAAUCCCUGAGCUGACAAGGUAGAAAUCUGUUGUUCUACCCCUGAACAGGCAGUUAACCCACUGUUCCUAGGCCGUCAUUGAAAAUAAGAUUUAUUUUCUUAACUGACUUGCCUAAUUAAAUAAAGGUCAAAUGAACAUGGGACUCAAUUGGUCCUGAGUUUAAAUGUCUUAUACUCUUAUACAACUCUCAUCUUGUAUUUUACUAAAUGUAAUUAUUAAUAUGUUAAUUGUUUGCUCAUCUUUUAACAAGAACCACCUCUGCAUCUUGCACAUUUUGCUGAAUUAAAAACUCUCAAAUAAAUAAAUAAAAUCCACAUAAUGUUGUAAAUAAGUCCUAGUAGAAUCUUUCUGAAAAUAUAAUUAUAUCUACACGUGUAAUUCAUUAUUUAAAGGAAUAUGCCGAAUAUGUGAAAUAAUUUAAUGUCUGUGCCCGUGUCUUGUGAAUAGCUCAAACCAUGGGGAUUUUUCUCAAUUAGAAGUAAAUGAAUAAUGAAGACCUAGUAUAGAGUUCUAGUUCUAGAGUGACAGAUAAUGAAGACCUAGUAUAGAGUUCUAGUUCUAGAGUGACAGAUAAUGAAGACCUAGUAUAGAGUUCUAGUUCUAGAGUGACAGAUAAUGAAGACCUAGUAUAGAGUUCUAGUUCUAGAGUGACAGAUAAUGAAGACCUAGUAUAGAGUUCUAGUUCUAGAGUGACAGAUAAUGAAGACCUAGUAUAGAGUUCUAGUUCUAGAGUGACAGAUAAUGAAGCCCUAGUAUAGAGUUCUAGUUCUAGAGUGACAGAUAAUGAAGACCUAGUAUAGAGUUAUAGUUCUAGAGUGACAGAUAAUGAAGACCUAGUAUAGAGUUCUAGUUCUAGAGUGACAGAUAAUGAAGCCCUAGUAUAGAGUUCUAGUUCUAGAGUGACAGAUAAUGAAGACCUAGUAUAGAGUUCUAGUUCUAGAGUGACAGAUAAUGAAGACCUAGUAUAGAGUUCUAGUUCUAGAGUGACAGAUAAUGAAGACCUAGUAUAGAGUUCUAGUUCUAGAGUGACAGAUGCUUUUCCCCACAAAAAAAAUGUUUAAAGGCAAUAGUUAAUUUAUAAAGCAUACGCUCUAAAAUAUUUUCUCAUUCGUUUACAUUUACUUUAAAAAUACAAUGAGCGUUCCAGAUGUCCUACCUACAGUGAAUUUGUUAUUAGUGAGGAUGUUUAAUCUGGGUUUUCAGAGUUGUGUAAAUGCCUAUUUGUUAUGGUGUCCUCAUUAAAGGGGGAAGUGUGUGCUAGUCUAGCAGCUGUUCUAAUGCACCUGUCAGUCCUAGCCCGGUGUUUCAAGUCUAUGUUUAACCAACCAUCUCACCCACAUACCAGUGUCCUGGCUAUUUUUGUCCACAGUCACAGUCACUUCUUUUAUUUACUGAACUUAACUUAGUGCACCGUCAGACAGACUUGGGUUGGAAUACUAUUCUCAAAUCAUUUCAAAAACCCUUAUUGGUGUUUGAUUGAGCUUCCUGAUUUAAUGGACUAAAAUAACAGCCCCCAAACGGCAAACCCCACCCAUCUGUCACUCCAGGCAGGCUAAGGAAAACACUCACAGCAUUUGAAAGAGUUAGACAUGGUAUUUGAACCUAGGUGUGUUGUCGGUAGAGUAUGUAUGGCUUCUGACUGCUUUGUCAUGCAGUGACUGUAUAAUUAUCCACCCAAAUAUGUCAAGUUAGCACGCCCUGUCUGUAUUUUCUUCUUCUUCCACAUCCCAGACUACACAUCCCAGACUACACAUCCCAGCUCACAUCCCAGACUACACAUCCCAGACUACACAUCCCAGACUACACAUCCCAGCUCACAUGCCAAGCUACACUUCCCAGACUACACAUCCCAGACUACACAUCCCAGCUCACAUGCCAAGCUACACUUCCCAGACUACACAUCCCAGACUACACAUCCCAGCUCACAUGCCAAGCUACACAUCCCAGACUACACAUCCCAGACUACACAUCCCAGCUCACAUCCCAGACUACACAUCCCAGACUACACAUCCCAGACUACACAUCCCAGACUACACAUCCCAGCUCACAUCCCAGACUACACAUCCCAGACUACACAUCCCAGCUCACAUGCCAAGCUACACUUCCCAGACUACACAUCCCAGACUACACAUCCCAGACUACACAUCCCAGACUACACAUCCCAGCUCACAUGCCAAGCUACACUUCCCAGACUACACAUCCCAGACUACACAUCCCAGACUACACAUCCCAGCUCAAAUGCCAAGCUACACUUCCCAGACUACACAUCCCAGACUACACAUCCCAGACUACACAUCCCAGCUCACAUCCCAGACUACACAUCCCAGACUACACAUCCCAUGUCACAUGCCAGACUACACAUCCCAGACUACACAUCCCAGACUAUACAUCCCAGACUACACAUCCCAGACUACACAUCCCAGCUCACAUGCCAGACUACACAUCCCAGACUACACAUCCCAGACUACACAUCCCAGCUCACAUCCCAGACUACACAUCCCAGACUACACAUCCCAGACUACACAUCCCAGACUAUACAUCCCAGACUACACAUCCCAGACUACACAUCCCAGCUGACAUGCCAGACUACACAUCCCAGACUACACAUCCCAGACUACACAUCCCAGCUCACAUGCCAGACUACACAUCCCAGACUACACAUCCCAGACUACACAUCCCAGCUCACAUCCCAGACUACACAUCCCAGACUACACAUCCCAGACAACACAUCCCAGACUACACAUCCCAGACUACACAUCCCAGACUACACAUCCCAGACAACACAUCCCAGACUACACAUCCCAGACUACACAUCCCAGCUCACAUGCCAGACUACACAUCCCAGACUACACAUCCCAGACAACACAUCCCAGACUACACAUCCCAGACUACACAUCCCAGACAACACAUCCCAGACUACACAUCCCAGACUACACAUCCCAGACUACACAUCCCAGACAACACAUCCCAGACUACACAUCCCAGACUACACAUCCCAGACAACACAUCCCAGACUACACAUCCCAGACUACACAUCCCAGCUCACAUGCCAAGCAUGGCCACACUGUCUCUGAUAUGCCUUUGACCAGCUCACCCUUGAAGUCUGGGGCCCAUGUUCUUUUUAAAGAGUCUCACAGUAGGAGUUCUGAUCUUGGAUCAGUUUGAACUUUGGGAUCAUAAUGAACAACACCACAUGGACGGGGACGGGGGUCGGGGAGGACUGACCCUAGAUCAGCACUCCUAACCCAAGAUGCUUUAUGGAUAUUUUUUCGUACAGUAACACAUUAACUGUAUAAGACCUCUGUGUCAUGUUUCGAUAGUGUGAUCUAUGUAUUUGAAUAUACUGUAGCAGCUUUUCAUACAACAGACAAAGAACAGCGAGUAUUUAACCUUGAGCUUGUGAAUGUCUCAAAAUACCUAAUGUACACACUGUUCAUAACUGAAUUGUUUCUGUUUUUAAUCUACAAACACCUUAAAUGUGGAGAGAAAUGAAAGUGUUUUUUAUAAGGGGGAUGGAUUUUCUUGGCUUGGGUUGGUCUUUCCACAUGUUCUGAAAUGUAAUUCAAAUUGUUUUUGUUUUUUCUCUUCAAGGUACACAGCUAGAGAAUGUUGACGGUCAACAUUCCAUAGUUGAAUGAUGCUUGUGAACAUACCAGAGAUAGGAUAUUUAAUUUGUGCUGUGUCUGGUCGUACGUGAUGGUAUGCCUGUGUGUGGGAACAGACGAUUGGUAGACCAUGAGGCAGCGAAACAAGUUUGAUUGCAGAAGGCAUUCUUGAAAUUGGAUUGUUAUGUAAAAUUAUCGUCAAUCGUUUUUUGGGGGGGGGGCAAAUUCUAAAUGUGUCUGGAUCGAACAGUUUCGAUUUGUCGCAAAAAAAAAUGAGGCAGCAUUUUAAACGUUUUAAAUGAUCUGUUUAACAACUGUGACAUUUUGUGACACAAUUAAAAGUCUAGCUACAUUAUAGUUAAUAAGGCAUGCUACAUAUAGUCUAAGAGAAGAAAAGUUACAAAGUUUACUUAUGUUUAAUAUGAGAUUUUUGUUUUACUUUGUAUUUGUUUGAUUUGCAUAGGUUCAGAAGUGGUACUGACUAAUGUGGGAGAGAAAUAUGACUAAAAUCUCCAUUUGUCAUAGCUUUGUAGAAAGUCUAUUUUGAGAGAGCAGUGUAUAUUUCAUAGCCAAAUUAUGUAAAAGUGUAUUUAUGGUGAGUUUAUUAAGAGAACCAAGUAAGUGUUGGUAAGUGUUUUCUACCUCUGUUUUCAAUACCUCUAUGUUUAUUUGAGUAGUCUGUGCAUGCAGGUAGAGGUUGUUUUUGGUGUUAGUACCCAGUAUGAGUAUGCUAUUGUAAAAAAUAAACAACCCACCAAAAUCAA